UAUGGACCAAAUUUCAACAAUGUGUCAGAUCGAACGUGUGAUCUAAUCAUUUGAUUGAAAGAAAGCUGCCAUUAAACCAUUCUAAGACGUGACGACAAAAAAACUUAAAACAAAACAAACAUUGAAAAUCUGCAAUAUCAACGGUUAUAUGGACAAAGCGGAAGUCUUUCGAGUUGGGUUGCGACCCGGAUGUAAUUAAACUGAAACGUCGUGGACGUUUUUUACAAGCAAAAAAUGUAAAGUGUCUAGUCAAAUGCGAGCUAUUUUUUACUUUAAAUCUUCCGGUCCAUCGUGUAUAAAAGCCUGUGAGUAGUAAAAAGGACUUUCAUUUCAAAUUACCUGCUAGUCAGAACAAGAGUUCCUGCCAUCCUAAAGGUAUUUAUGAUUCCUUGCUGUGCGUGUAGAUUUAGUGGAAAGGUUUUUUUUAUGUUGUCAAUGUUCAUUGAUUACUUAACGCGCUUAAAUGGAACAUGUUAAGUUACACAAUGCAAUAACAAGAGGAAACUACAGCUAUAAUUCUCAUCGUUUCAAUAUUCUUGUGUUAUAAACGAAACAAUUAAUCAAGUAAGUGCAAUGCCAGAGAUCACGAUGCGAGCUCAACUUUUGAUGCUAACUAGCGUAAAUUUCUCGGGCAAUCAGUUAUUUAGCAGUCUUGAUUUUCUGCCUUCGUUUAGUGAAAGCAUCCUCAGGAUUUGGCAGCGAACCAGAUUGACUCCUCUGCACUAACGACGAAAACACUCCAAUCUACGGUGUUUAAUUUCCUUUUAUUCGAUGGUAAUUACUUUUUUAUUGGUUUUUACAUUCAGCUUUCUUUCUAGGGGAGAAUCUUUCAAAGUAGACUCAGCCUUACGCAUCAAGAAAGAUGACUGAAAACAUGAAUAAUGGGUUGACAUUUCGUGCUUGGUCUUUGAGUCGACAAAAAUACUUGGUCUUAACUGAAGAUGGUGGAGAGAAGACUCCUAAAAUCAGAGCAACAGGCGAUGAUGAAGGAAAAGAAAGUAGGUGUAACUGUUCCUUAAUUUCGUGUUGGUUUUAAUUGGUUACAAAUUGAUAAACUUUGAAAUACCUUGCAGACGGUCCGACCUUUCUGAAAGAGUGGAGGUGAUGUUCACCGCCUUAGCCAUGGUAAAAACUCUUACAACACAGCGGCUAGGCCAAUAAAUGUGUUCGAACUAAAUUAUCUCAUAGAUGACACAGGUUUUAGAACUGAAUAUCAUUUUUUUUCAGGUCAAUUCACAAUGGUACUGAAUACCGCAAACCUAACUUUUAACGAAAAUUCCGCCCACUUAGUGUUUACAGCACAGGACGGUCAGAAUUAUGCUUUGAUUGCCGACUUAAAAAAUGGGACUGUUUCGUUUACGGUCAGUAUAAACACAUGUAACUUUAAAGGAAACCAAGGUGAAAUUAACGAAUGUUUAUCUAACUCCGAUUUCAUUAAAAGCGACUCAUUAGUGUGAGAGAUCGGUUAAGUGCGUGUGCGGGCCUGAAAGAAAUUAAACUAGUUACAAAAAGGGCGCCGCUUCAAGUACACUUACAAAGAUACUUUGAAUUUCAAUGCACUGUAUUAAGUUCAGAUCGCAAGUCCAAUGAAGAUAAUCUUGUAGUGUUUAUGAAAAUAAGAUAAAUAUCGAGUUUGGUACAAAACAUAAAGUUUCGAAGCUUGGUAAUGAUUUUGAUAAAACGAAUUUGCAAACUUUCGUAUCCUCUAUCGUUUUGCAUUUUUCGUAACUUUGUACAUGGGCCUUUUUUUGAAACAGAAAUCAAGAAGAAACAACUAUUUCUGUAUUGGUUAAAAAUAGAAAACUGAGUAGAGAAGCUGCAUUGAUGUUUUACGGAAACUUGCCAAAUUAAACAAACUUUUCCGUGAAAGAGAAACUUCUGUUCAAACCAGAUAGCACUUUUAGUUCACUGAGGUGGUUCUUUUACAUAUUUAAGGUGUUCCACUUCAGCCUCAAAGCAUUCUGUAAAAAAACUGCUCUAAAAAACUAUGAUUUUUUAAAAAUUAAAAAUGUUCUUUCCUUCACACAGAAGUACGAAAAAUCUUCAGAACGUAUUGGAGCCUUCGUUAAGGAGUCGUUGGGUGAGCAAGGACCAACCUAUGCUCUUAGGGUUGCACAGAGUCAGAGUUGCAUUGCUGCCAACAAAGAUGGCUUUCUGUCGCUGAGACCAUUUGAGCGGAUUUAUCCUCAUCCAGACACCAUUUUUGUUCUAUCUAAAGUUUAAACAGAUAAAGCAAUGGUUAGGUCGAAACUGAGUUGAUGCCAUUCGUAAUAAGACAAUAGGGACGCUUUUUGGCUUUCAAUGUUUUUGGCAUUCAGUGUUUUUGGCUUUAGUGCUUUUGGCUUUCAGUGUUUUUGGCACUAAAAAGAAUCUCAUCUCAAUAAAUGAUAGCGAACUUGUUGUAUUGUUUCUAGAAACCAUUACUCUCUUUGUGUCCUCUAUGAGGCAGCAUAAGUAACUGUUUGUAACAGCAAAUAAAAGACUGAA